AUGGCUAUGUCAGCGGUUUACCUGGUUUCCACGACAAUAGCCGCCAUGAACUUCAUGUCCGGCAAAACCAUCCUCCGAGCUGAUGAUGUCCUAGAACGACCAUUUUCAGACAUUGUCAAUGCUGCUGCUGCGCCGAUGCUAGGAAGACGACAGGGGAGUGGCGUCAUUGCUGCUGCUGGAGACGCAAAUGACAUCAAAGUAAACAGUGAUGGGAAGUUCAACAUGACAGCCUGGGAGACAGCCACCAAUGACGCCUGUGUUAAAGCCCUCAGCACGCUCCACCGCAGCUCAAACCCUUCAGGAAAUUGCAUAUGCUACAACUUGCCUACACUCGAUACCGUAACGGGCGUUUUCGAGGCGGAGCUAAGACUAUAUCGUAUCUCAGAGCCCCGAGAUGCAUUCGCCAAUAUCCCUCCAGAGAAGAUCAGAGUCGGUGUAUCAUAUCAAGGUGCGAGUGUGAGCCCCGUCUCAGCCAACGAGGUGAUGGGCAUGGGCCAAGUGGACAAUGAGACCAGGGUUGUCGCGCCGCGAGAAUCGCCUGGCGGCCCCAGCUUGGUUCAAAGCUAUGUGUUUGUAGGCCAGAUUGAUAAAGCAAAGAUUGCGGAAAACAUGUCAAUGGCUGCCUUCGAAGCCGUUCUCAUCCCAACUUUCACACUGACCGCCACCAAUUCCACCGGCAGCUCAGUUCAAACGAAUGUCUCUAUGAACGAGGCUUCCUUUUUGACCGGGGUUUUCAGCAAAUCCGUCGUCAUGUCCGACUUCUCAGCAGCCCAAGCAGCCGUCACUAAGCAGCUUGACCUCUUACACAAUGGCACUAUAGCCUUCAUUCUACCCGGCACGCAGAUAAUGAUAUUCCCCAUUGGAGCCAUCAUCACAUCUAUCUGGCUGGCGCUGGGGCUUGUUGCAUACGGCUGGGGCACAUUUGAGAGAAUGAAUUAUGCAGAAAAGUACAAGAGGAAUUUGGCGGGUAUGAGGGUUGCAUCGACUAUUUAA